CAUCUUCCUACCAUACAUCAAACGCACUUGUCUCCAUAUCAUAACCAUGGCAAACAGUUGCCUCUUAUUCGUAAAAAUGAUCGUUGCUUUUCUUCAGUUCUAUAUUAUUGCUUGCUUCGCCAUUAACACUGAUGAGCAAGCUCUUCUUGCCUUCAAAGCUCAAAUUACGUUCGAUCCUUCCAAUAUCCUGGCAACUAACUGGUCCACUGCCACCUCCUUUUGCAACUGGAUAGGUGUUUCUUGCAGUCGUCGCCAUGGAAGAGUCACAGCCUUGACUCUUCCCGACAUGGGUCUCAAUGGCACCAUCACUCCAGACCUUGGAAAUCUCUCAUUCCUUGCAACCUUGGAUAUAAGUAAUAAUAGUUUCAAAGGCUAUAUACCUCAUGAGUUGGGUAAGUUACGACGACUGAAAUUGAUUAAUUUGGUGGCCAACAAAUUGAGUGGAGAAAUACCAGAAGAGCUCGGAAAUCUUUCCCAGUUGCAGUUCUUGUUACUGGGAGCUAACCAACUUUCAGGAUCGAUACCGUCCACAAUCUUCAACAUCUCUUCGCUGAAAAGGAUUACUCUUGCAUCAAAUCACCGGCUGUCAGGCACGCUUCCAGAGGAUUUGUGCGAGCAUCUGCCGGUACUUGAAGAGCUGGAGAUCUCUUUCAACAAUUUGUCAGGCAGGAUUCCACCGAGUCUACAGAAAUGCAAGAAUCUUAAGAUCCUGGGAUUGGAUGGUAGUAACAAAUUCACAGGAAGAAUACCCAAAGAACUUGGCAACAUAACCACGCUUGAGGAGUUAUAUCUUGGUUUCAAUGAAUUUGAAGGUGAAAUUCCAGCAGAGAUUGGUAAUCUCCGAAACUUAGUAAGAUUUGCAGUGGAACACAGUGGCCUCACAGGAUCAAUUCCUCCUGCCAUCUUCAACAUCUCUUCUCUUAAAGAUCUUGUUAUUGCAAACAACAGCAUAUUCGGAAGUCUCCCUAUGGAUCUCUGUCAUCGCCUUCCAAAUCUUGAAAUACUUUUUCUUUACGAUAAUAAAUUCAUAGGAAGCAUACCAAGAGAUAUAGGAAACUGCACAAUGUUACAGCAACUGCGUCUAGCAAGAAACAACUUUACAGGUGCCAUACCUCUGGAGAUGGGUAAUCUUAGAUAUCUGAAGGUGCUGAGAUUGCCAGUCAACAGCUUAAUAGGUUCCAUUCCACCAAAUAUCUUCAACAUUUCCACAUUGGAGGAUAUUACUUUAGCUGUAAAUCUCCUCUUUGGCAAUCUUCCAUCUAAUUUAGGUUUAUGGCUCCCUAAUCUUAAACGUCUUCUCCUAGGAGGAAAUGAACUAGAUGGAAUUAUCCCAAGCACUAUUGGAAAUGCUACUAAGCUUGUCCAGUUAGAGUUGAGUGAGAAUUUGUUCACUGGCACUGUACCAAUGACCUUUGGUAACCUUGAAUUUUUGCAGUUGCUUGCCCUAGAAGGUAAUAUUCUUAUUAAUGACCCAUCAACUCCAGAAUUGAGCUUUCUUACUUCUUUGACAAAUUGCAAGCACUUAAUAGUAUUGGCAUUAGCAAAUAAUCCUCUUAAUGGAAUCUUCCCACCUUUUGUUAACCUCUCAACCACUCUUGAAGUUCUUGAAGUGACUAAUUGCAAAAUUACUGGCAUGAUACCGAGGGGACUGAGCAAUUUAAGCAGCUUGAUAUCUUUAAGCCUAAGUGACAAUGACUUGACUGGACCAAUUCCUGAUACAUUCAUAAAUUUGGCAAAGGUACAAAGAUUGUAUCUUAGUGGCAAUAUGAUACAGGAUCCCAUUCCAAAUAAUCUAUGUCGUCUGAGCAAUCUGGGUGAGUUAAGACUGAGCAGAAACAGACUGUUAGGGUCAAUACCAAGUUGCUUUGGGAAUCUUACCUCUCUAAGGGAUCUGCAGCUUGACAGCAAUAAUUUAACUUCCAGUAUACCGUUCAGCCUCUGGAGCCUUAAGGACAUGUUGGUUUUGAACUUGUCAUCAAAUUCACUUGAUGGAAAGCUGCCAUCUGAAAUUGGAAAUUUAGAGGUCAUUUAUCAAAUGGACUUGUCAAAGAAUCAAUUCUUUGGUGGUAUUCCUAGUGAAAUCGGUGGUCUCCAACAGUUGAUUUAUCUCUCUUUGUCACGUAAUAAAUUCCAAGGACCUAUACCAGGUUCAAUUGGGAGCACUGUGAGCUUGGAGUACUUGGAUCUCUCCAAUAACAUACUCUCUGGUGUGAUUCCCAAGUCACUGGAAGCACUAUCAUAUCUCAAAUACUUGAACUUGUCUUACAACAGGCUAGAAGGAGAAAUUCCUAGCAGAGGACCUUUUACAAACUUCACAGCUCAAUCUUUUAUGCACAAUGUUGGACUCUGCGGAGCUCCUCAGCUAGGCUUCAAGCCUUGCAAUGCUCCUAGUAGUCCUCAAAAAUCAAUAAGAUUUCUGAAAUAUGUUUUACUAGCUACAGCUUCAGCAAUAUUGGUAUUAGCCUUCGUAUAUGUGCUGGCAAGGCGGUGGAGAAAAAAGGAGAACAGUCCUGCCUCUACUUGGUCUGAUUUGCUACAUAUAGCAACGUGUAGAAGAUUUUCAUACCAGGAACUCAUGCUGGCUACAAAUGGAUUCAACGAAAGUAACCUACUUGGUAAAGGGAGUUGGAGUUCUGUUUAUAGAGGGAUGCUUGUUGAUGGUAUGGCUGUUGCAGUAAAGGUAUUCAAUUUGCAGCUAGAAGGAGCACUAGAAAGUUUUGAGGCAGAAUGUGAAGUUCUUCGAAACAUUCGUCACAGAAAUCUUAUCAAAAUUAUCAGCAGCUGUGCCAAUGUUGAUUUCAAAGCAUUGGUGAUGGAGUUCAUGCCCAAUGGUAGCCUUGAGGCUUUGUUGCACUCUAAUUCCUAUUUCUUGGAUAUGCUACAGAGGUUAAACAUCUUAGUAGAUGUUGCACUUGCUAUGGAAUAUCUCCACUACAAUUAUUCCACACCAGUGGUUCACUGUGACAUAAAGCCCAGCAAUGUCCUGUUGGAUGAAAAUAUGGUUGCCCAUUUAGGCGACUUUGGAAUUUCGAAGCUCUUGGGUGAAAGCAUAUCAAUGACACAAACCAAAACGCUAGCCACAAUUGGAUAUAUGGCACCAGAGUAUGGAUCACAGGGUAUAGUGUCCACAAGAGGAGAUGUUUACAGUUAUGGAAUCAUGUUGAUGGAAACAUUGACAGGGAAGAAGCCCACAGAUAAAAUGUUCGAAGGAGAAAUGUGCUUGAAAGAUUGGGUAUUAGACUCAAUGCAGAAUGGAGAAAUUAGUGUGAUCCUGGAUUCCAACUUGUUAAACACAAAUGAGAGUGAUUUUGCAGCUAAGGUGCAAUGUGUAUCAUCUGUCAUGAGUUUGGCUGUUGAAUGUUGUGAGGAAUCACCUGAAAUGAGGAUCAAUACACGAGAGGUUCUGCAGAGGCUGAGGAAAAUAAAGGACAAGUAUGAAAAGAACAUUCAAGCGACUUUCAAAUUACCAUAAAAUCUUCUCUUUUUCUUUACAAAUUCUUGAAGUGGAAUUGGUUGCCAGUGUCUCAAAAUUUUUUACUUCUAUCAUAAGCCAGGAACUUUGAUGGUUAAGCUACUAUAUAUAUAGUUUCAACUCUUAUGUUUACAUAAAACAAUUUAUUCCUCUAAAUUCUAGGGUGUACGAGAUAGUUUUAAGAAAAGUGGUGUCCUCUGUAAUGCUGUGCAUUAGGUUGGUUCAGUUUCAUAUAGAACCGAACCUCAAUAAUUGAAAUGAAAAUUUUUAUGAACUGAAUUGAAUUACAUAGAAAAAUAAACUGAUUUUUCAAUUU